GGUCCACCUUCAGUCCUCUGUAAAAGCAUAUACAACAUGGCAUUCGGUGCAUCUGGAGGACGUGGGGGAUUCGGCGGCGGUCGCGGUGCACCUCGAGGUGCUCGGGGCGGACGAGGAGGAUUUGGUGGAGGAGAUCGAGGCGGACGUGGUGGAGUAAGAGGAGGGCGUGGGGGUGGUAGAGGAGCACCUGGAGGCCGAGGAAAACCAAUGGGUCGCGGAGCUAUGCGAGGCGGAAAGAGAGGAGGCGCGAGGGGUGGUGCGAAUGUCAUUGUCGAACCGCACAAGCAUGACGGCGUCUUCAUCGCUAAGGGUAAAGAACACAUGCUCGUUACUAGGAAUCUUGUUCCCGGAGAGUCUGUGUACGGUGAAAAGCGUAUUAGUGUUGACGGUAAGGAGGAAGGCACGAAGGUCGAGUAUCGAGUAUGGAAUCCGUUCCGUAGCAAGCUUGCUGCUGGAAUCUUGGGCGGUGUGGAGGAUAUUUACAUUGCGCCUGGGAAGAAGGUGCUGUACCUUGGUGCUGCUAGUGGGACGAGUGUGAGCCAUGUAGCGGAUGUUGUCGGUCCUGAGGGAACUGUUUAUGCUGUAGAAUUUUCAAACCGCUCCGGUCGUGAUCUUAUCGGCAUGGCCAAAAAGCGAACAAACGUUAUCCCCAUCAUCGAAGAUGCUCGUUAUCCAUCAAAAUAUCGAAUGCUGCUAUCCAUGGUAGACGUAAUCUUCGCAGACGUCGCCCAGCCAGACCAAGCUCGCAUUGUCGCGCUAAACGCGCACCAAUUCCUAAAAGACGGAGGCCAUGUGGUCAUCUCAAUAAAAGCAAAUUGCAUUGACUCAACGGCUCCCGCAGCUGUUGUGUUUGAGAGCGAACGAAACAAAUUGGCAGCAGAGAAAAUCAAGCCGCUCGAACAACUAACUCUUGAGCCGUACGAACGUGAUCACGCGAUGGUUAUCGGCGUCUAUAACCGGCACUUGUAGAAGUUCCGAUGAGUAGUUGUACUAUUUCUAUGCUGGCCUGCUCUGCUGUCACAUAUAUACGGCUUUAUCUCUACUUCUUGAAUUUUGUCUUCCGUGUAAUUCGUCCUUUUCAUUAUAAACGCG